AUGUUCGAUAUCAUCGCGGAUGCUCCUGAAAAUGUGUUGAGUGCCGUGAUUUCUUCUCUUCCUGAGGAGGGAGAAGAAGGGUAUGGGACAAAGGGGGCCAGUGCACUGAGAUCGCAGGAUCAAGGGGAGUUGCUAAGAUGCCCUCCAUCUUCAUUGUGUGGUGGGAUAUCAACGAUAGAUACGUUGACAGACGCUGAAGGGUUUUACUACCGCGACGUGGCUUUUCACGGCUAUGUGCUGAGUGUGUUGAUGGCCAUUGGGCUGGCGAUGGAGAAGGUGAAUCCGCUAAUAACCCAAAAGGUUUCCGAGUUGGCAGCCCGAUAUGCGGACAACGUUCUUGGAAUGCGAUGCACCAUGUUGGAUGCGUUUCUUCGUGGUGGUGGUGAGCCGCCCCAUACGACUGCAGGGGUGUGCUUGAGUGCGUCCGUAAUCCCUGAGCUGGGUGAGAGCCACGACAUCACGACAUUCCCUCGCUUUUUCUUCAAUGCACUGAAUUCCGACUUGCUUAAGGCUCUCGAGGAUCCACGUGAGUUCUGGGUGAGACUUCCACCGCUGCACUGUUUGCGAUGCAUCCCGUGCUGA